AUUAUCCGCUAUCUGAAACAAUUUGACGUUUCAUCACCAACGGAAAUUUCCUUCACUUGUCAUUGUCAAAAGUAAACAAAAAAGUAUUAAACAUGGGAGUAACAAGAGAUGGAAAAGACGUAUUCUUUUAUGGAUAUAUUGAAGAUGAGCUAGAGGAAUUGCAGCAUGAUAUAAAAGAGGAAGUUAGAUCCGAAUCAAAGAAAAGACGUGUAAAUAGAAAUCGUAUUUUUGCAAAUAGAUAUGACAACAACAUCAACUAUGUAUGCAGGAAGAAGACAGGAGCCAAACAGGCUAGGAGAGUUGAAAACAUGAAGUACCUACUUAAUUUGAAUGAAAAAGAUGAUGGCAGUUCAAGUGAUAUUGAGACUGAUUUGUUUGAACCAUCAGUAUCUCACUUUGCAGAAUUGUUCAUGGAACAAGAGAAAAUGCAGAUUUGGAAUGAUUUCAUCAACUCUUCAGAAGAUGAGCAGCAGCAGUUUUUAACAAGAGCAGAAACAAAAGAUUCAAGGAAGAAAACAGAUGAAGGGAACAACACUGAAUGUAGUGAUCUUGAUGAAACAUGGGAAGAGGUGGACAUGAGAUCAUCUCAUCCAGGCUUUAGUGCUAAAGAAUGCUUCCAGAAAAUUGAUAAGAAUAUCAAAUCAUUCUUGAAGAGAAGACAUGUUCCAAUGGGUGUAUUAGAGAGCUUGGAAAGAGAUCUGUUAUCUUUCUUCUCAGAGUGGCCUUCAUCAGUAUAUCUAUCAGACUAUAAAAGCAGUUUUGAGAGAAUGAUGUUGCAUGCAUUAUGUCAGUACCUGGAUCUCAUUUCAUCAAGUUAUGAUGAAAAUGGGAAUCGUCGAACACAGGUAGAAAAUAAACAUCAUCAUUUCUUACCACCAUCACCACUGCUCACCCAGUACCUUCUACAGCAGCGGACAUAACAAUUCUUACCACCAUCACCACUGCUCACCCAGUACCUUCUACAGCAGCGGACAUAACAAUUCUUACCACCAUCACCACUGCUCACCCAGUACCUUCUACAGCAGCGGACAUAACAAUUCUUACCACCAUCACCACUGCUCACCCAGUACCUUCUACAGCAGCGGACAUAACAAUUCUUACCACCAUCACCACUGCUCACCCAGUACCUUCUACAGCAGCGGACAUAAAAUGUUAUUUUUUUGUUUCUAUUGAUCAAUGUUAUGGAUUUUGUCAAAUGUACUAACAUGCAUGUAUUUAAAAGAUAAGUUAAGUUUUAUGUACCAGUUAUAACCAUAAAGGGUUUAUAAUCUGAUAAUAAAAUGCCUGACUUAUUUGUAUAUAAAGGUCAUGGUAGGAUUAGCAGAUUUUAUCCUUUUACUGUUGAAAAUGUAAGUGUUUUUAAUGAUUUCACUUUUCCUUGCAAUGUAGGACCAUCAUUUAUAUAUGUAAUUAUUUUCAGACUCAUAAGGAGCAGUAUCUGUCAUGUUUUGGCUUCUGUACACCAGUUUUAAUUAUCUACCCAUUUUAAACUAUUUUUCUGAUACAUGAUCACAUUCCUUGUCUGAAUAAUUAAUUCACAUUUGUUCUUCCCCUCACAACUUUCCAUAUGCAGAUGGUUUAAAAGGGACCAAAAGGAAGUGAUGCCCAAAAUAGUCCCUUUCUAAUCAAGUUGAAAUGUGAAAUCAAAUUUUUUUUCUGUGUUUUUUU